AUGUCGCAGUAUCGCGGAUCGGGAUACAGAGGACCGACUGACAGAUCGCGCUCGCCGCGCCGCUUUGGAGACCGACGUCCAUCGACCGCCAGUAUUUUCGACGGCCGACACUCAGGGCCGGCCCCGUCGCGCAGCGCCUCGGACGCGCCAAGAGGCCCCAGACAAUUUGAUGCACCACCUGCGCGCGGGCCACCCCCGAGUGGCUUAGGCUCAGCUGCUGCGCCACGAAGCCUGAGAGAUGCGCCUCCUCUGGGUGCGGGUGACCGCGGACGACCUUUUCGAGAACGCGAUUAUCCAGAUCGCCGAGAGCGCUCGCCACCGCUGCGCGAGAGAUCACCGCUGCGAGAGAGAUCGCCGCCUCGGAAAUUUAAUGAGCCUCGCGACUUUCCUCCUCGAGACAUAGACACCAGGACUGCACGGAGAUCCUCCCGCGACGGACCGCCUUCUGCUGGUUCCAACUAUUCAGACAACCCUGCCUUUGGAUCAGCUUCGUCAUUUCGAGGUGCUUUCAGCGGCAGAGGACGCGGUCGUGGCGAUUCAUUCCUUGACAGAGGCGGUGUGCGCGCAGGCAGGCGAGCAUUCGAUGACCGUUCCGAUCGUCCAGAUCUCUUCCGACGCGAGCGUAGUCCGCCUGCUAGAUACGGUCGAGACCUUUCACGAGAUGGAAGGGAUCCUGAUCGAAGAGAUGAUAGAAGAUACGAGCGACGCGAGGAUGACCGUCGACCGGAAUGGCUCGACAGAGAGCGUGACCCUGACCGCGAGCGUACUGCGAGGAGAGAUCCCCCGCCUGGGCGGCUCGAGUCCAGAUUGUCCGCCGAAUCUGUUCCAACCGCGAACAACAGUCAUCCAUCCUCAGUCGCGCCGCCCAUCAACCCAGAGCGCUUGGCUAUAAUCGAAAGUUCAGGUGCUGACACUUCCUUGCGGAGACCAACUUCAUCGCAGGCAACGCCAUCUUCUGCAAGACGCGAUCCUCCGGCAGAAACUCCAGCUUACCUCAAUGGGCGUGCUGAGACAACCGCAAACAGGUAUGGUUCGCGUGGUUCUUCGCCGCCCACCCAGGCACCACCAGUGCCCGCGUUUAGCUUCUCGGUAGCACCUACCGCUGCCACCAAUCAGCCAUCACAGGGUGCCAAGAAUGAGCCGGAGACGAGACCAAGCGUCGCCGCUGAAGAACCCGUCCCUGAGGUCAGAUCUGGUCCUGAGGACAGAACUCGCCCUGAGGACAGGCCCGCCCCACCUGCAAACGCACCAACUGCUCCAAAAGCAGCGCCCUCUGCUCCAAAGGUACAUCACGCAAGCCCACCGCCCAUGGCUCCAAGAGCGCCCCGUGCACUCGAGGUCGAUACUACGAUUCCACCGAGUAAUCGGCUGCAGGGCGUUAGAUCUAUGGAGAGCUUGUCAGGUUCGAACCCAGGAGCUAGAUCGGAGGCCUUCCCUUCGCAUUCAGCCGCAGUGCCAGCCUCGCCGGGCUCUUCACGACAAGCACUGCCACAUCUCAUUCAGUCUACCUCCCCAAAUCCGCCAUCGGCGCCACGCUUUGGGGAAAUCACAGCUCCUACGGGCCCAAGGGCCACGCAUGCUUCUCCUGCGCAAGCAUCAGUGUCACCAAGACCCACUUUCGCUUCUCCUCGAUCGGACCUAGGAUCAUUUCAACCACCGCCUCCCUUCGCGAGGGGCCAGACGCCUCCUCCAUCUGCUCCCUCUGGUCCACGCAAGCGCUCCUUUAGCGUUUCUCCCAAGGUCUCCAACUCCAUCAUACCGACCGCUCCGAAGGCUGUUCGGGCUGCACCUCUUGCGCCUAGAGCUGGCGACAGACCUUUACCGACUCAAAUUCGGCAGCCAGAGAGGUUAGGAGGUGCACCGCCUUUCGCACCACCAUCUGGUCCUCGAGGACUCCAAUGGAACCAAUGGCGGCGGCCCGGUGCGCCUGUGUAUGGUGAGAAGCUUGGUCCGGCUAUUCCUGCGAAGAGAGACGCAAAUGGCGAUGAGAAGGAAAGACAAGCUCAGCUGGCAGGGCCAUCUUCUGGACCCGAUUAUCACGGCCGUGAAUCAGACGCACACGUCAAGCAUGAGGGACAAGAAUCACGACAGCCUUCUGUGUCAGAUGUCAGCGCAUCGACACGAGAUGUGCAAGAGGACAGAAUGGAUAUCGACAGCGAGUCUACUCGACGUAAAUCUGGGGCUGCUGAUGGCCAUUCGGCGAGACAGUCAUUCUUUGGUAAGACAAUCGAAAAGUCUGAAGACGAGAUUGUGUCCAGCAGCGAUGAGGAUGAACUCGAUGAGGAAGAAGACGCUACCCUGUUGGAGGCGAAACACGCGCGCAAAGAAAGAGAGUUGAAGUCACAAAUGUUUGACCUUAGCUCACGGAACUAUCGCGCCACCUCACCACUCGAAUCCAUUGCUCGGCUUGCUCGGCUUUCGUUCCAAGAUCUGGAGAAGAUCAAUGCGCAGCGCGAUGAGGAAAUGGACAUGGACGACAAUAUUACAGUUGAGCCUAGACGCCCUGCCCCGCCAGCUGCACAAUCUUCAGAGAGCGACGAGGGUCCGGACAUUUCCACGCCGCAUGGCGAAGAAAAUAAAGCCGUGGCCAUUCGAGAGCCCGAAGAGGGAUCGGACGGCGUCCGUCGACUGCGAAGACGAAGCCCCGAGCCCAUUCGUCUCCCGUAUCUCGUGAAGGCAGAGAAGGCGGCACCACUCCAUGAGACGCAUGAGUUCCAGGACAAUCUACAAGUGCUGGAAGAGACCGAGCCGGACAUUCUGGAGGCACUGAAAGAAGAGAUUGAAGUAGAGAAUGAAUUGGAGGAGGGCGCAGAAACGAACUUCGAAGAUUUGUACCGCCAGUGGCGCGAAGCGUGCGAAGAUCUCGAUCGAGAGAAAGAAGAACAAGAGAGGUUGGAACGUCAACUUUCCGCUGAACCUGGCCCCGAUUUUGAGGUCUCCGCUGCUCUUCCUGGAAACUUAGUGAGUGAAGGAAGAAGACACAAGUUUGCCAGCGAAUAUGAUAUUAACAUGGUCAUAAAGCAGUCUGAGGAGACUGCAAGAAUCGAGCAAGAGAAAAUGGACCGUGAGGCCAGGAAGAAGGAGGCUGAUAUGGAAAAGGAGGCGCGGCUGCCAGACCAGCAGACACGGUCCGCCGUCGCUCGCAGCCUUCUCAUCGAUGAGAACAGACUCAGACAUCCGCAUUCUCUCACCCUAGUGUUCUCAUACGAGCCUCCUGCCAACAACUUCACGGACACUGAGCAGCAGAUCUUCAUUGCUGCAUUCAAGGAUACUCCGAAGAAGUGGGGCGAGAUUGCAUCGCUCUUACCUGGCCGCUCCUACAAGGAUUGCAUUCACCACUACUACGCUAACAAGUGGGAUGGUCGAUUCAGAGACAACAGGGCCAAGAAGUUCAAGGGUGGCCGCAGAGGUCGCGGAGGGAAGGCUUCGAGGCCCUCCAGGGGCUCUGCUCUGAUGGCGGACCUGAACAGAAGCGAGGAUCUUGCCCAGACGACGACCGACUCAGCCAGUGGCAGGCCCAAGCGUGCAGCUGCGCCCACCACCUUUGGUGAGCGCGAAAUUGAAUCGAAAGGCACUCUUGUUGGGCAAUCUCCGGCCAAAAAGCAAGGGCCGGGCUCCAAGGACGAAGCAGGCGGGGAGAAACCUGCUAAAAAGCAGCGACGCACGGGUGAAGUGAAGCCUGGCAGGAAAGGCAAGGCUCAGCUUGCGGCAUUGGCUGCUGCGCCUACCGUUCCGACCAAUAAGGCACUUGUACCUGGCAUGUCGAGCAAAGAGGACCUUGAAAGAGCGCAGAAUCUGCAAGAUGCGAGCUUGUUAGCAAAUCUACAAGGCGGGCAGCCUGGCGCGAUUCGUCCCGAGGGACAAAUGGUGUUCAGCCAAGAAGGAUUCGUGCCGCAUCCGGCGGCAGCGGAAGAUAUCGACCGACCGAAGCAGCCCGCCCAGACGGUGAAGAAUUCAGCUUCGAGUUAUUGGUCGGUACCCGAGCAAACCGACUUCUUCAAAUACAUAUCACAUUUUGGUACUGACUUUGCUGCAAUCGCUAGUCACAUGGGGACGAAGACGCAGACGAUGAUUAAGAAUCACUUCAUGCGUCAAGUUGACGGAGGUCGCUCAGACCUGGAACAGGCGGCAAACAUAGCCAACGAGCGCCGCGACCGUGGCGAAGAUCCAGGACCGCCUCCCACGCCGACGCCGAUCGUGCGAAAGAACGGGCCCAAGGUCGUACCCGACCUCUCUCAAUCCAGCGCUCCACGUGCUAUUGCUCCUCAGACGACCGAAGCAACCGAUGCGGAUGAGCCAUCAGCAGCUUCUCAUCCUCCUAUGCCAAAACACUCAUCUCCACUUCAGGCGCAGGCGCAGGCGCAGGCGCAGGUGAAAUCUCGUUACCCGCCCUCGGCUCAGAGCACGCCCAUUCCUGCGCAGCGUGCGGUGCCGAGUCCUCUGCCCACAACAGUCGCAACGCCAGUUGCUACCCCAUCUGCCAUGCCUGCCAUGCCCACGGCGCCCCACAACAAGCACACUGGACACCCGCUGGGUUCGCGUUUGGGCUUUCUGGCAGAGCAACAGCGUCCAGAGUCACGCCCGCCCAUACCAACAUCGGGUUUCCGCUUUGGCCAGGAGUCAGCGCCCCCUCUAUCACGGCCUCAGCCCCAACCAACGCAGAUGGUCACCAGAACACCGUCUGGUAAUCCUCUAGAUCCUGCCUACCUCGCAAGCCUGCAGCAGGAGCAGGAACGAGCAAUUAGAAUAGCGGGAGCGGAAUCCGAAGCUCGUGAAGAGCAGAUGCAAGGACGUCAGCCACCGGCGCAGACUCCCCAUACGCAUGGGUCGCCAAGUAAUCACUCGAUGGCCACACCGUUUGUGGACCACAAGCCCAUUAUGGAGGAGCGUAGGCCAACUCCGCCACGCACGGCCUUUGUACCUCAGAGCUCAUCUCGUCCAUCGAUAUUUGGUCCAUCUGCACCAGCGGCACCUCCUUUGGCAGUCACGCCGCUUUCCUCGUUGCAUCACCGCGCACCAUAUCAGGCAUCUCCUCCCAAGCAAGAACCAUUGAGGCCUGGCUCAGUCUCCGGACCUGGGCAGGCUCCUUCUCAUCAAGGUCCUAGCCCGUUUACAUCUGCUCCCGCGCCGCCUCCUGCAGCUACGCCAGCGCCAGAACGCGAGCCCCCGAAGCGAUCGAACCUAUUGUCUAUCCUGAACAACGAAGAGCCGCAGGAGCCAAAGAAAAGAGACAGUCUGCCCUCAGCUCGAGUCGCUUCUCCUGCUCCUUCUGUAUUUCCACCAACUUCAACGCCCCAGCCAAUUGGGGGCAUACCGCCUUCCAGGAGGGAACCUUUCGGCCACCCAACAAUGCCUGGACAAACGCCUCUGCAGAGACCGUAUCCCUUUGGACAGGGCUCGUCAACUCCCGCGCCGCCACCUGCAACGCUUGGUCACGACCUCUCGUCCGGCAGCGCUUCGUCAAUGCAACAACCUCCUAAGCAAGAUCUUCAUUGGCAGUCGCGCGUUUUUGGCCACGGCAAUCAGCCAAGUCCUUCGGCCAACCCUCUCCAAAUUGAGAGGGACGGGCGGACUCCAAUCUAUUCACACCGUAGCACCAUGCUUGGUGGCCUUGGCCAGCCCCAGCGCGCAAAUCCAUCGCCGCCGCCGCAUUCUAUUCACUCUCGCACCCCGUCAAUGACUGCUCAGCAAGCAAGUGUCCCGCCCCCACGAGAACAGCGCUCAAUCAUGGGAGGACCGCCACCAUCCGCGCCAAGUAUGCAUUCGAAUCCCUUCGAAAUGCAGGCGCAACACAUGCCUCCAUUCUCGCAGGCGCCUCAGGCGCAGAAUAGGGCACAUCAUUCCCACAACACUUCACUUGGCGAGAGACCAGGGUACCUUCCGUUUGGACGCAACGGCUCGGCCAGUCGUGAAGAGGCAAUGCGACAAGACGAAGCUGCUAGAGCCCAACAGCAGCACCACAGGGAUCGGGAGCGCGAAGAGCAAAUGCGUUUCGAGGCCAUGCAUGUUGAUCGACAACGCCAUGAGCAGCAGAUGUAUGCGCAGAGGCAGCAGGAGGUGGACAUGGAGCGCCGACGGUUGGAAGACCAGGCGUACGCGCAUGGCAGACCUGCAGGACAUCAACAACCAAUGCACCAUGGGCCACCUUUCGGGUCCGGCUUUGGAGUCCCGGGUCCUGGUAGACCUCCUUCCAUCAGGGAGCAGUCGCUAAGAGAAGCCGAGCUCGUAUCGCAGCAGCGGGAACAGGACCAACGCAUCCUUCAAGAACGGGAACGAGAAGAGAGACGGCGUAGAGAGCAAAUACAGGCACCACUCCCGGGGUAUCGAGAUGGCCCGGGAGACCCAAUGAUGCACAGGACGGAAGAUUACAUAUCACGGCGAACGACACCGUAUGGUGGGCCGUCAUACCCACCUCCACCGAGAAGAUGA